GAAGUACAAAUAGAUCUCUGCCUUUUACAGCUCCUCACAAACUCAGUGUCACCUACAGUACCACACGUCCUAGGUAGCACCACAUUAUAUGGAGAUGGAGUCUGAGAUAGAACGUGGUCACAGCAAGACAGAUCUAAUCAAUGAGAGUAAAGGAGGUCUAGGCUGCUGCGGAUGGUUUAUUGUGGUGAUCUCUGCCUUUUUCAACAUUUUGAUAUUUCCAAUCAGCAUUUUCAUGAGCAUUAAGAUUGUGAAAGAAUAUGAACGCGCUGUCAUAUUUAGACUGGGACGGAUAACAGCCAGAAAAGCGAAAGGACCAGGAAUCUUUUUUGUCAUUCCUUGCACGGACUCCUUUAUCAAAGUCGAUCUGAGGACCAUCUCAUUUGACAUUCCUCCGCAAGAGAUCUUGACCAAAGACUCAGUGACAAUCUCUGUGGAUGGUGUGGUAUACUUCCGUGUAAGUGACCCAAUUGCAUCUGUGGCAAACAUUACCGAUGCUGAUUACUCCACGCGUCUACUGGCCCAGACCACUUUGAGGAACGUUCUGGGCACCAAGAACCUGUCUGAGGUCCUUUCUGAUCGAGAGAGCAUCUCUCUGAGUAUGCAGACGACUCUAGAUGAGGCAACAGACUCAUGGGGUAUUAAAGUGGAGCGAGUGGAGAUAAAAGAUGUUAAAUUGCCCCAGCAGCUGCAGAGAGCCAUGGCCGCUGAGGCAGAAGCAAGCCGUGAGGCCAGAGCUAGGGUCAUCGCAGCAGAGGGAGAAAUGAACGCAUCCAGGGCUCUGAAGGAGGCGUCUUUGGUGAUCGCAGAGUCUCCAUCAGCCCUUCAGCUGAGAUAUCUUCAAACCCUGAGCACCAUUGCAGCCGAGAGGAACUCCACCAUCAUAUUCCCUCUGCCCAUUGAUAUGAUGAGUCACUUCAUGUCAAAGAAGUGAUCACUGGAAUGUUUUUAUGGAUUUAUUUACAGAUAUUUAAAAGAAUAAUUUAUUUCCAAAUCUUGAAUAAUUUUCUGAAAUAGCAUGUUUUAUACAUAUUCCAUUUAUUUUCAAGAGUUCAUUUUAUGUACAAC